AUGUAUAAUAAGUUGGAUACAUCACGCAGGGAAAUUUUGCUCGACGCUAACACAGAAGCCGCACUUUCGUACUUAAAAGGAAAAGGAGCAAUGGAUUUAGAAUUCUUUCGUAAGUUUAGUGUAGACGAGGAAAAUAGGCUUGGUAAUUUGUUUUGGAGGGACCCCACUUCACUUUUGGAUUACAUUGCAUGUGGCGAUGUCCUCAUAUUUGACAGCACGUACAAAACAAAUAUGUAUGACAAGCCCCUAGCGUUGUUUGUCGAUUCGAACAGCAACUGUUCUACUGUAAUGUUUGGUUGUGCAUUAUUGCAUGAUGAGACAUUUGAAACUUACAAGUGGUUAUUGGAAACAUUCAUGGCAUCCAUGAAAGAUAAAAAGCCAAUAUCAAUAUUGACGGAUGGCUAUGAGGCGAUGCAUAAAUCCAUUGAUGAUGUGUUUCCCAUGUCUAACCAUCGGUUGUGCUCAUGGCAUGUGUCAAGGAAUGCACAGAUAACUUGA